GCUGGAUCUGUUCGGGUCCGCUCAACAGGUCGGCAUGCUUUUAGACCUAUCGCCCCGCGCUAACCCAGAUGCCCUUUAGGAAAGGCCCCACGCCGCACAGCCGCAACCCCCCUGGCAGGGCUCCCAGCGAUCCCCUCACAGCCUGUCUGGACGCCGAGAGUACGUACAUUUGUACCGCCUUCAAUCCGAGAUGUUACAUUAUCCAGAAGGUGAACCAGUCUGGUCUGCCCAUAUCUCCGCCCCUGUACGGCCCAUCGACGUGCGGUGCCUUCUCAAAUGAAAUCGAAGGAAGUGGUCUGGAUUCUAAUGUAAAUUUAGGUGCUCACGGUUGGGAUCAUUGCCAGUCAACGCCGCAUCCGGAUUAUCCGUGUCAUCAUUCUCUGGACGGCGUUAGCUAUAUGAAUGGGGAAAGUGCUAAACUCAACUCGGGAGCAGCGUACGUCAGCGCCGUUCCUGAUCCCUCGUCGGGCACCGCCUCGAUGGCAGGGCCGCCAGGGGGCGCAGUGGUCCCCCACCAAACUCAUCACCACCAUCACGAGUACAUGCCCCCCACACAGGGCCCGGCAGUGGUUCCGGUACAGCACGUACCGCUCGUUAACGGGGUAGCCGAAGUAGCCGAGGGGCCCAUGAUGGGUCUCCCGGACACGGCAGGCCCUCCCCCGCACACGGCCCAGUCGCAGCAGCAGCAACAGCUCCCCGCCUACCCUUUGCCGCAGCUCAAACAGAUGCUCUCUCAACAGUUGGAGUACUAUUUCUCACGGUCAGAAUCUUCAAAAAUCAUAAUGAUGCGGGAGUCGCCCAACGUGCAGGUGGACGAGGAAGGUGUUAAAGUGCGACCCAAUCACAAGAGGUGCAUCGUGAUAUUGAGGGAGAUACCUGAUAACACGCCGUUGGAAGAAGUCAAGAACUUGUUCUCUGGCGAGAACUGUCCACGUGUGAUUUCCUGCGAAUUUGCUCACAACGGCUCCUGGUACGUGACGUUCGAAUCGGACGACGACGCCCAAAAGGCCUACCGCUUCCUCCGCGAGGAAGUGCGCGAAUUUCAGGGCCGUCCGAUAAUGGCGCGCAUCAAAGCGAAACCGAUGUGCAGGCCGAUCGCGCCUCUGGUUCCUCCCCCGCCCCCCAAGAACGGCUUCAGGGCUACGCCCCCUCCGCAGGCCGUUUUCGAUCCGGCCGCUUUUCCCCCCGGACAGCAAAGGUUCGUUUAUGCGAACGGUGCCCCAGGACAGCCGGUAGCCCCCGCUCCUGCCGCUUACAACCCCAUAAUCUACGGCGCCUAUCAGCAGCAACAGUAUCCAAACGCUUAUGUGGCCUGGGCACCAUCAGGUGCCGGCUUUUUCGAUUUAAGCAGCGUGUUUUCGGCGAACGGUCUGUCUGCGCAACCUUUUAAACAUCAGACAUACAGAUCCGCGCAGCCGAGGCCGAGGAACAAACAACGCAACACGCAGCAACAACAGCAAAGUGGACCCAGCGAACAGCAGGGUCCUUCAAACACUCAACAGCCUCGUGCCACGUCGGCGUCGCAACAAGGUCCCGCCCACCGAGUCCCUUCCCCGGCGCACGCCCACCACAACCACCAGCACUACCCGACGGUGUCGGCGUCGUCAGGCCACGCCUCCAACGGCAGUAACAACAACAACAACGGCAACGCGAAGACGUCUUCCAAAAUGGGCGGGGAAGGGGCGAUACCCAGGACGCCGAUCGAGCCGCCGGAACCGGUGGGCGGACACUAUAUCCCCGCGAUACCGCCCAUAGGCGCCAUACCCUUCCCCCAUCCGAGCGACAACCGAAUGGAAAUGUACGGCUUCGUCGCCCCGCCUCCCUUCAGCGUGAAGGAAGUGGUCCCGCCGCGGCACAGGCGGAAAAAGCGCGACGAGGAGGCGGGAAACGGGACGGGACACACGAACGGACAGAGUUCGGCGCAGACUCAGACGCAGUCCAGUCAAGUGGUCAAGUCACAAUUCGAUUUCGUCGACGAAGCGUUUCCUCCUUUACCUGGUCUGGACGCUAAUGGACCUCUCUCUGCCAAACACCACCAUCACCACAACCAGCACACGCACCAAGCGCAACAAACGCAGUCGCACGCCGAAGGCUCGACGCAGACGAUAUCUAACCACGCCCCCGUGGGCGUGGUAGCUGCUGCGCAAGAGCCCGCGACUGUCGGAGGCGGUGGCGGAGGAGGAGCAGCCGGAGCCGCGUGGGGGGAGAACCGUCUGGCCGACGUGGUUAAAGGGGUAGCUAAGGUAAAAGUUAGGGGGGAAGGAUUGGGCAAGGACGUGGCCAUCGGGGGAGGGGACAACGAGAUUUCGCUGACGAGUUCGGCGAAAGAACAGAGCGUGGAGAAGGUUGACGAAGGUAGUAUAGCGGAGGUGAACAGUUUUAUGGGUGUGACGCCUCCCGAGUCGCCACAAAAUUUUAGCAGUAAAUCUGUGAUUGCGACUGUACCUACGAAGUGCACAAUGGCCGAUAAAUCUACGAAAACCGAUGACGUCCUACUCAACGGAUGCGAACCAGAACUGGCUCCUCUCUGUCCCACCACCACUAAUGCUGCUACUAUGACUACUGUGGUUGUGCAAACUGAUGCUCCUGCCAGGCCUACGCCUACCGUUACUACGAAUUCGACAUUCGCGAGACAAGACUCGAAAGGAGGGUGCCCAGUUCCAGUGCAGGUCCCUUCGCCACCCUUACCGGACUUACAGGGUCACCCGCCGCGAAUGAGUUACGCUCAAGUGGCUCAGCACCACAAAGAUAGUCAGGGCAAGCCCGUUAAGCAGUCGCCGCAGCCGGAGAAGGCUGUGACGGAGGCGUGUCCUGCGGUAGCGACCGCCCCCUCGAAGGGCGCGGCCGUCGGUCCGCCUGCCGCCUCUCAGGUCCAAGGGGUGCGGCAGCAGGCCACGCCCCAGCAGCAAGCUGGCGAACGUGAUAGUAGUGUUAGGGAUAAUCGAGAUACCGGCCAUAAAGUCGCCGCAGUCCGCGUCAACGCCAACAGUCGGCAAUCGAGCGGCCACGAGCGCCUGCUCCGACGAAAACCAGAGGUGCGCCAAUCGCAACUGCGGGAUUUCGUCACCACGCCCCGAUCACCCAAGUAGGUUGUCGGUCCCGCCCACCGCGAGGCGUGCCAGCCUAAGUGCCGCGCCCUCACGUUCGUAACGCGAGAACCGCAGUUUCUCCGCCACUGCCCGCACCCGGUGGCACUUUUUAGGUGUUUAACUUUGUCGUGCGAACCGUUCGAGCGUCCGUAGAAAAAGUAAAAAAAAAUAGUUUACGCGAUUGCCAAAUCGGACCCGAACGCUGGGAGCUUACUGAAAAAUUAAGGACUCCGAUAUGUACCCCACAUAUUCCUCCCUCCCCCCCUAUAAUUUCUAUGGAAAGACUAUAUAGAAAUCUUCUUGCGAAUUAAAUUUAUUAAGUGUUGUUCCUAGAGCCGGCCGAAAAUUUAACGAAAAAUAUUUAAAAAAAAGUAAAUAUGGUGGUGUUGGCGGCAGUGUUGUCAUGUUUCAGCCCGCGUAGUACUGUCUGUGAUUGGUCGAGCUCUUAAUACUAAUUUUUAAAGUAAUAAAAAAAAUAAUUAUAUGUGUGGAGCGUCCGCUUGUUCGGGAGGCGAAUAGGCCGAGGCCCUAUCGUUUUCGUUCUCAAGCCGCAUUAUACCAUUUCGUAAUCGCCGUAUUUUACGCUCUUAGUGAUACAAACCAUAUCAUAAUUGGUUACAUGUCUUUAAAAAGAGUAUUUUAUUUAUAAAAUUCUCAUUAGAGGUGUCUCCAAAUUUUAUAUCGGCGUUUUAGAAUUUUUGAUUGAAAAAAAUAUAUUUCUGUUUGAUGGGAUAAUUGAAUAUAAAAUCUGCCCAAGUCAAGGAAAAUUUUGACAGAUUUCAUCCGAAAAAUGACAGAAAAUACAAUUUAACCUGUGAAUUAAAACGACAGGCACAAAUUGUCACUGUUGUGUAUUUGGAUGUAUAAGGUACAUAUGUUGGUAUUUCCAAAUUAACAAAUAAGAUGCAGGUCGUCAAAGUUUGUUGAUAUUUGUUUACCAUACCAUAUUAUUAAAUAUCUAUACUUUUGUGGCAAAUUUAUUAUUGCUGAAAAAAGGAAUUAAAAAAGAAUACAUAUUUUUUUUCCCAGAAACUCAAAAUAAUAGUGAUAUUUUAUUUUGAGGCACAUUACUGUCAUUGGUAUUUUAGUAGCCAUAUGUUAAUAUAUAAAAUAUUAGUAAUUUAAAUAUUAGGUACUGUAUAAAUAAUAUAAUUAAUUUUGGAGUUGAGUUAUAAAUUAUAAAGAUGAUAGAUAUCUAUACUAUCAAAAUAGAAACACUAAUGCACCACAAUACACCAGAACACUUUACUUUUG